AUGUGUAUAACUCUUGUCAAAACCCUUCUUUUAUUUUCACCAAUUUUAACCUUUGCGGGUAGAAGCACUUGGUGUGAAAAUGAUGGAAUUAUAAAACCAAUAAAUACACAACUUGCGCGGUGCAACGACCAUCCCUCUUGGAUGUUUGAUUAUUCCAUUUCCAAUAACAACGAAAAAAGUAUUUUUACUUUUACGAAAGAUGCCACUGUUGAACAAAUCAAAGUGUUUGAAGACUAUGAAGAAACAAAUGUUUUAUAUUGUCAAAACAAAAGUUUCUUAUUUGGUGUUGGUCUUCCACAAUUUUCAAAACUAGUUCUACACAUCAUGAAAAUAGAAACUCGAUUUGAAGUUGCUGAAAAACAACGAACAGAAAACGCCUUUACGUUAUAUGUUGGUUGUUUCAACAAUGAAAAUAAAUGUCGAAAAGAAGUGAAUGACAAAAAUAGGCCACCUAUUGAAGCAACAAUCAAACCACUGAUUUUGUACUCAGAUAUUGAUCAGAAGUGGUGGAUCAACACAAUGCGAAUUAACACUGCCAAAGUGCAAUAUUUGUAUAUUGCUGGGUAUGUUAAACAGUCACCCAAUUUUGCAUUUUCUCAAUAUAAUGGAGGUACAACAUUUAAUACUAGUGAUUAUCUCUUCACUGGAUAUUCAAGUGAGGACCAAAUCACAUUUCGAAACAUAAAUAAUGGCACUUUAAAAGCGAAGUGUGUAUGUGAAAGAAAUACUAUAGGAAGAUAUAUGUAUUAUAAAUUUAAAAGUACAAAUGGUGAUAAUUACACUAAUUGUAAUUGUAUCAUAGAAAUGUUUAAUGCAACUGGAGAGGACGUUUAUAAUUUUCCAGACUGUAAUUAUAACAGUUCACUUUUUGAUUUAAAUUUGACAAAUUUAAGUGUAGAAAAUGAAGUUGUUCAAUUGGACUUUAGUGAUUGGUAUUCCCUUGUUUUAAAUGAUCAAAUGCAAUACAUUUUAACAACAAAAAGUGGCAAUAAUAAUAAAAAAUUGCAUUUCACAACACUUGAAAUUAAAAAUGAGAACACUGUCAUAUUUGAGAAAAAAUGUAAAAUUGAAAAUUUAAUUAUUUCUUCAAUAAGCAAUUUUUGGUUCAAAAAAGGACUUGGAGUUACUUCUGUUACUAUCACAGACAACACACUAAAAGAUCAAAUUUUAUUUACAGUCGACGAAGUAUUAGAAGAUUACAGUAAACAACUUACAAAAUGUGGGAGAAGAGCUGUAUACAAUUUAAAUAAAAAUUUCUUGUGUCAAUGUAAUUACACUGCAGAUGGUUUUGAACCGGCUGGUGUUACAAAUAUUAACAAAGGUGACUGUUUAAAUAAUAGUUUACAUAACGAUUUGACUUUACAAAUAGAAACUGCGUUAUAUCAAAUGAAAGAAGAUGAAAAAUGGGAUCAAAUUAUUAUUAACAAAGAACUGACUUUGAAUAACAAUUUUCAAUUAAUAACAACAAAUUGCAUUUUAAACGCCAAUUUGGUGUUAGAACAAAAAUUUACAAGCACAAAUAAUUUCCAAAUCAAAAACAGUGUUUUGGUUGAUGUGAAAUACAACGGAAAUUUGAUAAUUGGAAAUUUAAUUGUUGACAUAGCACGAAAUAACCAAAAUACAAAUAGUGUCAUUUCUGUAUUUAGUGGAGGUAAAAUAUCAAGUUCAGCACAAUAUAUUACGAUACAAGUUAUGCAAUACCCAAACGAUAUCAAAUGUUUUGAAGUAAUUUCUCUUGAAGAUGAAGACACCAAUUUUAGAAGUCUUUUUACAAUAUCAGAGAGUAUAAAAGUACUUGGAAAUAAGUUAAUGAGAGUGUGCAAAAGUGGUUUUAAUGAUGAAAAUGUAAUUUGUGUUUUACAUGAAGAAGAUAUGAGUAAAUAUACUAGUUAUGGUAAUGUAGUACAUUGCCCAUUAUCAACACCACACACUACAAUAUUAGUCGAGUCUCUUGCAGUUAUUCAAAAUGUGAUUUUUGAAGGCAAAUUUGUUCAACACAAUGAUGAAGUCAAUUUUACUAAAACUGUGAAUUCAAUUAGUGAUUUUAAUAAUACAAAAGAUGUUGUAAUUUAUGUGAGUGAUAAUUCCAUACAAAACCAAACUUUGACUUACACAGACUCUUUCAAUAAACUUGUUUUUGGUCAUCAAAACACUUUUACAUAUGAUAAAGAGAGUGGUAAUAUAACUUAUGGAACUUCUUUCUUUUGUGACACGUUACUUAUUAAUUCGACAACUUCAUUGUGUUUAAAAUGCUCUUCAAGUUAUUUAGUUGAUAAUCAAUGUCAAAUUUUUGAUGAUAAGUGUGUUUUGGGAACAAAUAAAACUAUAUGUGAGAGUUGUCCCAAGAGGUAUGAAGCGACUAAAAUAACAUGUAAAAGUUGUAAUAUCAAAAAAUGCCAACGGUGUGUCGACUCGAAGUGUAUUUUAUGUGAUAAAAGUUAUUAUUCAUAUGAAGGAAAUUGCAAGGAAAUAACACUAGAAAGUGUUGCUCUGUAUGAAAGAGAGUAUUUAAUUCUUUGUAAAGAAACUUAUUUUUCUACUCAAACACAGUGCCUGCAAUGUCCGCGUAAUUGUGUUAAAUGUACAAAUUCGACUAUUUGUGAAACUUGUAAUUCAAAAAGUUUACUUCAAAAUGGGAUAUGUCAACAAAAUGAUGGAAUAAUGCUCAGUAACACAAAUAAUAUACUUUUCUGUGCGACUGACUGUUAUCAAGAAGAAAAUGUGUGCAAAUUCUGUUCAAUGAAAUACACGGAUUUAUGCUUGGAAUGUAACUCAACAGACUGUUUAAAGUGUUUGCAUUCAAUUUUAAACACAAACGGUGAAUGUGUAAAUGAUAUACAAAGUUCAUGCAAAGAAUCAGAAAGUUCAACUUUUUGUUCGCAGUGUCAGUACCCAACACAAUACAUCAAUUCAGAAGGAAUUUGUGUUUCAAACGACAAUUGUGAAUAUUCAUCUAAAAGUAAUAAGUGCAUAUUAUGUUCAACACAGUAUUUAUUAAAUGAAAAUUACACAUGUGAAUCUUAUGUGAAUUUUACUUCAGUUUUUAAUUGUGAAAUAAUUAAUUCAGAUAAAAACAUUUGUCAUCGGUGUCUUAAAGGGUUUUACUUAUCAAACGGCAUCUGCAAAAAGUGUGCUGACAAUUGUGAUGAUUGUUAUAACUUGACUCUAUGUUUAACAUGUUCAAACAAUUACAUUUUAUCGAAUAAAAUGUGCGUGUUAAGUUCUUCUAUAGACACUCAUUGUAUUAAACAAAUCACUGGAAUGACUAAAUGCGCAAUUUGUAACACUUCCUAUUUCAGAAGUAAUGAAGGGACUUGUGAGUCGUGCAUUAAUAAUUGUACCGACUGUAAUCAAAUGAAUAAAUGUUUAAAAUGUCAAGAUAACUACUUUUUGUCUUUCGACUCAACAAAAUGCAAUUCAUAUGAUUUACUCACAAAUUGCAUCAGUAAAAGUCCAAGUGGGUGUACCACAUGUUCUACAGGCUAUUUCGUGAAAAAUCAGUACUGUUCUCUAUGUAGUGAAAACACUGAAAAUUGCACUUCUUGUGAUUCAAAUGGAAUUUGUAAUUCUUGUGAUGACAACUUCGUCUUAACAUCUUCACGUUGCACUUCUAUAAACUUUAUAAAACAAUGCAUUUCAGUUCAAAAUUCCAAGUGCGUUAAAUGCUCAUUCUGGCACGUCCCAAAUUCCACACAAACUGCUUGUGUUAAAGAAGUGGUGUGGUGGCUUAUUCUUAUUAUAGUAAUAGUAUUUUUAAUAAUAUUAAUAACUAUAUUGAUGAUAACAGGAAUUAGUUUAAAAUGUGUUUUAGAACGUCGACGAAUUAAAAAAAUUCAAGAGAAAUUGUGUGUUUUCGACAUUUCGCGUUCAAAUGUGAAAUUUUUCAAGACGAGUGCACCCAAAAUUGUAGUGAAUAAGACCGAAAUUCUAUUUGGGAAUGAAAAUAGUGAGUCUAAUAUCUUAGUAGGUCGUGAGAGUCGUGAAUUACUUUGUGUUGGGAAUGUGAGUAAACAUGUUGUAAAAGUGCAAUUCAGUGUCAAAAGUGGGUGUUUCAAAUAUUCAAUACGUUCAGUCCCUCAACUCUUUACAAUUCCAAAAGGCAAAGCUGUUGAAUUUGAGUUAUUUUUAACACCAAAUUGCAGUACACAAAUCGAAGACAAUAUAAUUUUGUUCUCCAAAAACAUGAAAAAAGGUAAAACAAGUGAAAUUGACAUUAAAAUCAAAGCAGUGACAGAGAUUUCUUCUCGUCUUGAUCCAGAUGAAAUUACAGAAGAGAAGAAAAUAGGAGAAGGGAGUUUUGGAGUUGUUUAUAAAGGCACUUUUCGAGGGAAUCAAGUUGCUAUCAAAAAGUUGAAAGAGACUGGACAAAGUAAAAAUGCUCUCGAUGAGUUUGAAAAGGAAGUUUUGAUGUUAGACAAAUUUAGAAGUGAAUUUAUAGUCAAAUUCUAUGGAGCUGUUUUUGUUGUUUCAAAAAUAUGUUUUGUGACUGAAUUUGCUGAAUUUGGAUCGCUUGGGGAUUUGAUCAACGACUGCAAAAAUGACAAAUUUGAAACUUUUAGAAAUGCACAACAAAAAUUAUUUAAAAAUAUGCAAAUUAAAUUUUUGAUUGAUGGAGCCAAAGGAAUUUUUUAUUUACAUGAAAAUGGGAUAUUACACAGAGACAUUAAACCAGACAAUUUAUUGAUAUUUUCCAUUGAAAGUGGUGUCGAGAGCAAUGCAAAGUUGACUGAUUUUGGAGCGAGUCGAAAUAUCAAUAUGUUGAUGACUAACAUGACAUUCACAAAAGGUGUUGGAACACCUAAAUAUAUGGCACCAGAAGUUUUAAAUAAAGAAAAAUAUAAGACACCAAGUGAUGUCUAUUCGUUUGCUAUUACUAUGUAUGAAUGCUUUGCUUGGAAAAGAGCUUUUUCUAAAAAGAGUUUUAAAUAUGCAUGGGACAUAGCUGACUUUGUCACUACUGGGAAACGUCUAGAACGGCCAGAUUAUAUAUCAGUUGAUAGAUAUAAUUUGAUUGAUUUAUGUUGGAAACACAAAGAAAACGAAAGACCAUUAAUGAAUGAGGUCGUUGAAAAAUUAAACGAGUUAUACGAAAAAGAAAAUUGCCAUUAA